UAUCUUUGUAUUGUUAUUAACCAUAAGAGUACAUUGUUUAUAGCUUAUGUUCAGUUGUUGGCUGAGUGAAUGAAGUGAACCAUGCCUAUAGGAAUGAAUAGCUACUAACCUGUCAUUUCUGUUUAUAGGUAUUGCAAUUUAAGGAAACCUUCUUGCCAGCAAAUCUAUGAUAAAAAAUAUAUGUAACAGAGGAAACUGUAACUGUCAUUUGUCAAGUGACAAGCUUUUAAUGUCAGAAUGGCUCACCUAAAACGACUAGUAAAACUACAUCUUAAAAGACAUUACCAUAAAAAGUUCUGGAAACUUGGUGCAGUAGUUUUUUUCUUUAUAAUAUUUUUGAUUUUAAUGCAAAGAGAAGUAAGUGUUCAAUAUUCCAAAGAGGAAUCAAGGAUGGAAAGAAACAUGAAAAACAAAAACAAGAUGUUUGAUUUAAUGCUAGAAGCUGUAAACAAUAUUAAAGAUGCAAUGCCAAAAAUGCAAAUAGGAGCACCUGUCAGGCAAAACAUUGAUGCUGGUGAGAGACCCUGUUUGCAAGGAUAUUAUACAGCAGCAGAACUGAAACCCAUUCUUGACCGCCCGCCUCAGGAUUCUAAUGCACCUGGUGCUUCUGGCAAAGCAUUCAAGACAACCAAUUUAAGUAUUGAAGAGCAGAAGGAAAAAGAACGUGGAGAAGCAAAACACUGUUUUAAUGCUUUUGCAAGUGACAGGAUUUCUUUACACCGAGAUCUUGGACCAGACACUCGACCUCCUGAAUGUAUUGAACAAAAAUUUAAGCGCUGUCCUCCCCUGCCUACCACCAGUGUCAUAAUAGUUUUUCAUAAUGAAGCAUGGUCCACGCUGCUUAGAACUGUCCACAGCGUGCUCUAUUCUUCACCUGCCAUAUUGCUGAAGGAGAUCAUUUUGGUGGAUGAUGCUAGUGUAGAUGAGUACUUGCAUGGUAAACUAGAGGAAUAUAUAAAACAAUUUUCUAUCGUAAAAAUAGUCAGACAAAAGGAGAGAAAAGGUCUGAUCACUGCAAGGUUGCUAGGAGCAACAGUAGCAACAGCUGAAACACUCACAUUUUUAGAUGCUCACUGUGAGUGUUUCUAUGGCUGGUUAGAACCUUUGUUGGCCAGAAUAGCUGAGAACUACACUGCUGUCGUGAGCCCAGAUAUUGCAUCCAUAGAUCUGAACACGUUUGAAUUCAACAAACCUUCUCCUUAUGGAAGUAACCACAACCGUGGGAAUUUUGACUGGAGUCUUUCAUUUGGCUGGGAGUCACUUCCCGAUCAUGAGCAGCAAAGAAGGAAGGAUGAAACUUAUCCAAUUAAAACACCCACUUUUGCAGGAGGCCUUUUUUCCAUAUCAAAAGACUAUUUUGAAUAUAUUGGAACUUACGAUGAAGAAAUGGAAAUUUGGGGAGGUGAAAAUAUAGAAAUGUCUUUCAGAGUGUGGCAAUGUGGUGGGCAGUUGGAGAUUAUGCCUUGCUCUGUUGUUGGACAUGUUUUUCGCAGCAAAAGCCCUCAUACCUUUCCAAAAGGCACUCAGGUGAUUGCUCGCAACCAAGUUCGCCUUGCAGAAGUCUGGAUGGAUGAAUAUAAGGAAAUAUUUUAUAGGAGAAACACAGAUGCAGCAAAAAUUGUUAAACAAAAGUCAUUUGGUGAUCUUUCAAAAAGAUUUGAAAUAAAGCACCGCCUUCAGUGUAAAAAUUUUACAUGGUAUCUGAACAAUAUUUAUCCAGAAGCAUAUGUGCCAGACCUUAAUCCUGUUAUAGCUGGAUAUAUUAAGAGUCUUGGUCAGCCUCUAUGUCUGGAUGUUGGAGAAAAUAAUCAAGGAGGCAAACCAUUAAUUUUGUAUACGUGUCAUGGACUUGGGGGAAACCAGUACUUUGAAUACUCUGUUCAACAUGAAAUUCGGCAUAACAUCCAGAAGGAAUUAUGUCUUCAUGCUGCUCAAGGUGUCGUUCAGCUGAAGGCAUGUGCUUACAAAGGUCACAAGACAUUUGUCACUGGAGAACAGAUAUGGGAGAUCCAGAAGGACCAACUUCUAUAUAAUUCAUUCUUUAAAAUGUGCCUUUCAGCAAGUGGAGAGCAUCCAAGCUUAGUGUCAUGCAAUCCAUCAGAUCCACUCCAAAAAUGGAUUUUUAGCCAAAAUGGUUAAGUGUUCCUUAAAAUUAAGGAGUUGAAAAAGGAGAUAUUCUUUCUUAUAAAACUGUGACUAGGCAUACACUGUAGUUUUUGAAAAUUAUGCAAAAGCAGCUAACUGUAACUUAUUCCAAGUGCAUUUUUCUUAUUUAUAUCUUAAAAUGUCUAUGUAGCACCGCUACAGAAAUCCCUUAAGUUUCCAUUUCAAAGCACAAUAGCUAGUAAUACCAAAGACUAUUUUGAAAAGUCCAGAUGCAGAGGAAAAGAUGUUUACAGUAUGAUGAAAAUAAUUUUCCAAGUAAAGUGAUGUUCGUGUGCUUUGUACGCUUGAGAAUAUGCAUAGCUACAUUCACACACUCACAAUUUAAAAAUUUUCUUCUAGUUUUUUUGGGGGGGAGGGAGAAAGAUUUGAUACUGUAUUUUUUUAACUACAUAGAAAAUGGAUCAAUGAAGGUCAAAAAUUGGCCUUUGUGUAAAACCAGGAAAUUUUUUAUAGAGCUAGAAUUUAUUAUAUAAAAAUGCAGGUAAAUUUCUUUUGCAUUUUGUUAACUUAUCUGUCAAAUAUUUCCUUAAACAUGAAAUUAAAUGAAUAAGGAGAAGACUAUUUUUAACACUUCAAUUUCUUGGCAAAUUUAAAAAUAUUUCUUAGUCUAAAGUUCACUUGACUUGAAGCAAAAGACUUAAAAAAAUAACUAUACUGUGUGUUUUCCCAAAGAAAUUUAAAAAAAACCUCUAAGUCGCUAUCUGUUAAAAAGGUGUCUUUUUCCUUUCUGUUAGUCUUUUUUCCUAUCAAAAUUCACUAAUCUUGAAUGUUUAUGAAAUUGAAUUUCAAAUGCAGAAUACUUGACUCAUUUAAAGCAAAAAUUUUUUUGUUACUGAUUCAAUUAUAGAUUGUCUUUGUAAUGAAUUUUUUCACCAAAAAACCUUAUUACUAUCUAUGGAAAACACAAUAAAACAAAUUCUUAUCACUAUUGUAACUAUUUGUUUUUUUAUUUUUUGGAUAAAAUAUAUAAUUGAUAAUAGCUAGGGAAAGCAUGAAUUUUGUAUCCUGAAUUUCUAAGCACCCACUGCAGAGUCAUCAGAUAUUUCUGAAGGGAAAAAACAUUUAAUAGUAAUGGCAUAAAAAGUGGGGAAUGGAGAAGAUUAUGUGUUAGAUAUUUAGAAAAUUUUGUACCAAUUU